CGGCCCCGCUGAUUGGCCCGGUAGGGUCUCGGCCCCGCGGAAAGUUUUUGGUGCCGGGAGGAGGCCGAAGCCUCGGACACGCUCCGAGAAAGCCGCCGCGGAGGCUGCGGGGGUCUGGGCGGCCAUGGAGGAGCCCCCUUGGCGAGAGGAGGAGGAAGAAGGGGACGGGGAGAGGGACGAGGCUGAGCCCGAGGGGGCGCUGGGCAAGAGCCCCUUGCAGCUGACCGCCGAGGACGUCUACGACAUCUCCUACGUGAUGGGCCGCGAGCUGAUGGCCCUGGGCAGCGACCCCCGGGUGACCCAGCUGCAGUUCAAAAUCGUCCGCGUCCUGGAGAUGCUGGAGGCGCUCGUGAAUGAGGGCAACUUGACGGUGGAGGAGCUGAAGCUGGAGAGGGACAACCUCAGGAAGGAGGUGGAGGGGCUGCGGAGGGCGGGUCCGCCGGCCAGCGGGGAGGUGAACCUGGGACCAGACAAGAUGGUGGUUGACCUGACAGAUCCCAACCGUCCACGCUUCACUCUGCAGGAGCUCAGGGAUGUGCUGCAGGAACGCAACCAGCUCAAGUCGCAGCUACUGGUGGUGCAGGAGGAGCUGCAGUGCUACAAGAGUGGCCUGUUUUCACCAAGAGAAGGCUCAGGAGGAAGAAGAGAAAAAGAAGCUCUGGUCGCCAGGGCCAGCAAUGCCAGCAGGAACAAGGAGGAGAAGACAAUCAUAAGGAAAUUGUUCUCUUUCCGGUCAGGGAAGCCAUGACUAAGGCAGUGGCUCUGAGCCUAGAAGACAACCCACCAAGACGUCUUCGACCCCGCCUCUCUGUCAUACCUCCACGCUGUGCCUGCUCAUUGGUUUCCCUUUCAGCUAUCGAGGAGGAAGGAGAUGACAUUCUUUUGGAAUUACAUUCUCCCUGGCCACAGAACUAGACAGCCUCGAAGCUUCGGUCUGGGCAAGUGAAGCAGCACAAACUUAGGAAGAAAGCAGAAGGAAUGUGUGGUGGGCCGCCUCCUGCCCCCACUGCAAUCCCAGGGGCUCCUGCGUGCAGAGGUAUGUUCUACUGAUCUGCUCCCAGGAUGAUCCCGGUCAUUGUGUAGCAGAAGAAGAAAAGAAAACAGGAAAAUAUGGUACUGUUUUCCAGUGUUAAUUUCACUGAUAUUUAGUGAAUAUUUGAUUUAGCUAACACGACUUUCUUUACAUGAUUUUGUAUUAAAGUAAAAUGGCUUUUAUACUUUC